AGCUCCUCCGCCCCGGAUGACAGCGCUGUCCGCGGCGUGCGCGUCCUUCCGGUUUUGGGAUGAAUUGCCUUGGUGCAGUGUUUUUAUUUAUUUGAACGUACUGAUUCUGUUUCAGCGACAUCAGGGUCGAUGGAUUUUACGUUGCCUUGAUGCUUUUCUUCGCGUCGACCUGGCCAUGUCAUUCAAAACCGCCGGCAGUAUGUCUAACGGGUUAGCAACCCAGCUGAGCUGACGAAGUGAAGCAGCUUUCGGUUGCCAUGGAGACGGACAAUGAGCAUCAUGGGAUGUUUGUGGAUCCUGACUUUCCUGCUGAGGAGUCCUCACUCUUCUGUGAUUACACCACGCCCCUCCCCAAAUUGUUGGGUGAUGUCACAUGGCUCCGCCCACAGGAGAUCUGCAAGCAGCCUCAGCUCUUCCCCGAUGACCCUGUGGAGGCCCACCCAAAGCAAGGCAUCCUGGGAGACUGCUGGUUGCUCUGUGCCUGCUCCAUGUUACUCAAGAACCAGCAUCUUCUGAACAAGGUAUUUCCACCAGAGCAGCCUUUGUGGGGUGACCGUGUUUACCACGGUGAGUUCCGGGUCCAGUUCUGGCAGAACGGGCGCUGGAUAGAGGUACGGGUGGAUGACCAGCUGCCCUGUGUCAAUGACACUCUCUGCUUUUCACGAUGCCAGAGCCCUAGGGCAUUCUGGGUAGCACUUUUGGAGAAAGCUUAUGCCAAGUUACAUGGUUCGUAUGAGCGUUUGUGGGCGGGGCAAGUAUGUGAGGCAGUUGUGGACCUGAGCGGAACCAUAGCAGUACGAUGGAGUCUAAAAGGGGCGGAGUCUCCACAACAGCCCAAGGACUCCCAGACUCAACACACACCUAAUGGGAUGAGACUAUCUGAACUCUCACUGGAGCUGAAGGAGCGAUGUGCCAUCAGCUGCUGUGUCCACAGCGCCCCCACAGGUAUCCCAGAGCUUGGUCAGUAUCACGCCAUGAGUGUAAUGGAGUGGACAAAUGUGACAACCACUACAGGUGAACAAGUGGAGCUGAUCAGGAUACGAAACCCCUGGGGCAGGAGGAGCUGGAACGGGGUCUGGAGAGAGAGUGGAUCAGGCUGGGCUUCUCUGGAGCCCUCCUGUUCUCAGGCUCUACUGGGCCGCACGGCAGAGGGGGAAUUCUGGAUGGAUGAGACAGAAUUCCAGCAGGAAUUUGAUGAGGUUACAGUAGGCUGUCCCCUCAGUGAAACAGGACACCUACAAAGCAUCUACACAGGAAGCUAUCUUACCCACAGCCACCAAAUUGGAGGUCGCUGGGUCAAAGGUCACUCUGCGGGCGGUUGCCGUAACAAUAACACUUUUAGUAUCAACCCUAAGUUCUGGUUAAAAGUGUGUGAGAGAGGGGAAGUGUUGCUGUCAUUGCUGCAGUACGGACAUCCUGAACCACCAGCAGAGGGCCGCACUCAGCAGCACUCACACCUCCAGGCCAUCGCACUGCAUGUGUGGAAGGUGGAGAAGAAACACUUUAACCUGAUGCGGACGCUGAACAAGCCACCGCUUGUGUCGCACACGCAUGCAUACAAUCGGGAAGUGGUAGUGCCCACUCACCUGAAUCCUGGUUUUUACCUGUUGGUGCCUAGUACCUUCCUGCAGGGAGCGGAGGGCCGGUUCCUUCUGAGAGUUCAUUCUUCCUGCUCUACCUCUCUCAGUGUGAUGAAAUCCCCUCCUCCUCUUCAGCACUGUUCAGAGGGCGAGUGGGAAACCCUCAGCUCUCAUGGCUGUUGGUCCGUUGGUUCAACUGCAGGAGGAAGUCGCAACUUCACCACACAUGGACUCAACCCCCGUAUACCCUUUACUGUGACCUAUGAUCCUGGAGGUAACAACGUAAAGGUCACAUUAUGCCAAAACAGACCUGAAAAUUCCCUCCAUGCCAUCGGCUUUCAUAUUUAUAAGGUACCUGAUGGUGACUCUCUUUUAAGCCCUGGUGCCAUGUCUCCGGUGGUUAGCUGUGUACCUCAUGCCCACUCCCAGGAGGUCAGUGUGUUUUGCCAUCUACAGCCGGGCAAGUACAUCAUAAUUCCCUCCACCUACCAGCCGGAACUCAGCGCUCACUUCACACUCACUUUUACAUGCAGGAUAAAUCGGAAAGCAAUGCAGAGUCAAGAGCUUCUGGGCCAUGCUGUUCAGGAGGUCUCCUGUAUCUCUGUGAUGAGACGAUAGGAAGUGGAUCACAUGCCUAUGUUGAGAUGAAAGUCUUGCUCUCCAUCCUCAGGACAGGAGUCUCAUGGUGUGUAGUAUGUGUCUCUGCACAGCCUCAACCUCUUCAACUAAACUCUGCAGAACUCUACAGUCCCCCCAGGACCGAGUUUGGACACCCCUGGUAUAAACUAUUUAGGGAUUUGUCACAAUGGUUGUCUAGUCUUUCAACAACCGCCCUCUAAGAAAAAUGUCAGAUCAAGUGUUACAUAAUGUACUAUAAAUGUGUACUGAUGCCAGACUUAUUUAUUAUGAAUUAUUUAUUAUUAAUGUUUUUUGUCCAAGUUGCGAAAAUAAUUCUUUACUAGAAUAUUGAAAACAGCCAUUACCACUUUUAUAUUCACACAGAUUUAUACUACAUCAUGAUAUGUAAAUUUCAAUGAAAGACUCACUAGAAAGAGAGAAAAUUUUAAUAUUGAGAGAAAGAGAAAACAAGGAUGCAGAAGAAUAAAGAUGGGGGUAUUACUGGCCAAAAGAAGGGUAGACAGUGAUUGAAUAAGUGGGAGGGUCAGCGGCUCUACUGAAGCUCCAGCUCUCUCUGAAGUGUGCCGCAGAGUUGGAGCCCCUCACGCGGUCGCUGCCCCGUCGGCCCCUCUGUGAGUGCUAAUAGCCUGUGUGUGAGGGUCUGCAGGCCUGUUAGUGCCGCACUAGUGACGAACUUGUAGCGUCACUGUCCACCCUGAUCCAGUGCCUGGUGCCGCCACACAAUGGCUCGUUAUGUGAAGCAAUUACACUGCGGUGACCCUUUCCUCCCCAUGUGCAUGUCUGUUAUAUGUACAGCAAUAUUCAUUAAAAUAUUUUGAAUUUUAAAACUUGAAUCCUACUUUAUUUGAAUACAAAA